AUGCCCAACACGACACCGUACCCGUCAGCACCACCAGCACCACCACCAGUGAACAGUUCACUAUCAGGAACAGAGAUAACCAGUAUGAAAGAUUCCGUGACGCCAGACCUGGAUGAUGGUGGGAUAAAUUUCUACUGUUUGCGCUUAAUUGCAAUGUGGGCCCGUGUCACGGCAUAUCUCAAAACAAUUAAACAUGGGCAUAUGGAAGAACCAUGGACGCCAAACUCCACCUAUCAACAAAUUGCUUCUGAUAUGUUCCAACUCGAGACUUCAUACCCAGCGGCUCAUCGAUUCAAGACAGUCAAAUUCUAUGACCGAUUCCCUGCAGAUUUAGAGAAGCAUCGUGAUUAUUGGGCCCCAUGGAUCUUCUCACAGAUUGUCUACCAUUCUGUACGGGCUGUGGCCAACCAUCCAUUCCUUCAUUUAAGGAAAACCAACGGCCGUCACAGGCUUUGUCCUCCGUCAUUUUUACAGCACGCGACAGACCAGGCAAUCCUGCACUCAUCAUGGGUUGCACGUAUCCUACAGAUGUGCGUGGAGAAAGAACUCUCAAUUCUCGAUCCAUUCAUAGGACAUCUUGCUUCCGUGGCAGCCACAAUUUGUCUUUUCCUCCAGUUUUCCAGAGACCCUGAAUUGGUUUCAGCAGCAUCAGGCCAUUUUGAGGGUCUUAAGGCUUUUCUCAAUGUCCAGGCGACUCAACAUCUUCACCUUCGCUACGUGGUACAUCUGCCGUCUUCCAAAGAGAGUAGUGAGAUUUAA